GGAACUAUUCCACAAGUGGAUACUUUCAAGAAUACAAAAGCACAUCCAGGGAUCUGUCCCAGAUAAAGAUGCCUUCUUAUACUGUUACUGUGACCACAGGCAGCCAGUGGUUUGCUGGUACAGAUGAUUACAUCUAUAUUACUCUCAUGGGGUCCAAAGGCUGCAGUGAGAAGAACCUGCUUGAUAAACCUUUCUACAAUGAUUUUGAAAGAGGAGCUAUUGAUUCCUAUGAUGUCACAGUAUCCGAAGAUAUUGGGGAUAUCCUGCUUGUAAAAAUCGAGAAGCAUAAAUAUUGGUAUAAAGAUGACUGGUACUGUCGGCACGUAACUGUAAAAACACCAGCAGGAGAUUAUCUUGAAUUCCCAUGCUACCGAUGGAUCCUCAAUGAUAAAGAAAUUAUUCUUCGUGAAGGAAAAGCAAAGUUGGCUAAAGAUGACAAAUUACAAAUGCUUAAGCAGCACAGAAAAAAAGAGUUGGAAGAAAGGCAAAAACUGUACAGAUGGAAAGAGUGGCAUCCAGGAUUUCCACUGAGCAUUGAUGCCCAUUGUCACAGUGACUUACCACACGACAUACAGUUCGACAGUGAAAAAGGAGUUGAUUUUAUAUUGAAUUAUACCAAAGCGAUGGAAAAUCUCUUUGUGAAUAGUUUUAUGCACAUGUUUCAGUCCUCUUGGAAUGAUUUUGCUGAUUUUGAAAGGAUCUUUGUGAGAAUUAGCAACACAAUAUCAGAAUAUGUGAUGCAGCAUUGGAAGGAAGACUUCAUGUUCGGAUACCAGUUUCUCAAUGGCUGCAACCCAGUCUUGAUCAGAAAAUGCCACAAAAUACCAGACAAAUUUCCAGUUACAAAUCAAAUGGUAGAAUGCAGUCUGGAACGAAAUUUGACAUUGGAAGAAGAAAUUGAGCAAGGAAAUAUCUUUAUUGUGGAUUUCGAGCUUCUUGAUGGUAUUUCUGUCAACAAAACUGACCCAUGCACCUUACAGUACAUAGCAGCUCCCAUUUGUUUAUUGUACAAGAACCUUGAGAACAAGAUUGUCCCGAUCGCUAUUCAGCUCAACCAAGAGCCCGGAGUGGAGAAUCCAAUAUUUUUGCCAACAGACUCCCACUAUGACUGGUUAUUGGCUAAAAUAUGGGUCCGUUCAUCUGAUUUCCACAUUCACCAAACUGUAAGCCACCUCCUGCGGACCCAUUUACUUUCAGAGGUUUUUGCAAUUGCUAUGUUCCGUCAACUGCCUGCAGUUCACCCUGUAUUUAAGCUUCUGAUACCGCAUGUGAGAUUCACCAUCGCAAUCAACACAAAAGCUCGAGAACAGUUAAUUUGUGAAUGUGGUCUGUUUGAUAAGGCAAACGCAACAGGAGGAGGAGGACAUGUGGAGCUAGUUUUACGUUCCAUGAAAGAUUUAACAUAUCAAUCUCUUUGCCUACCAGAAGCAAUCAAAAUGAGGGAGAUGGAAAGCAAGGAAGACAUUCCAUAUUAUUUUUUUAGGGAUGAUGGCCUGAAAGUCUGGGAGGCAGUAUUGGGAUUUGUUGGUGAUAUAGUGAAUAUCUACUAUAAGGACGACAAGACUGUGUGUGAGGACACUGAACUUCAAGCUUUUGUGAAAGAUGUUUUUGUGUAUGGACUUCGGGACAAUGAAACAUUAGGUUUUCCCAAAACGCUUAAGACCAAAGAGCAACUGGUGGAAUAUCUCACCUUGGUGGUAUUCACUGCAUCUGGACAGCAUGCAGCAGUCAAUUUUGGACAGUAUGAUUGGUGUUCCUGGAUUCCUAAUUCUCCGCCUACAAUGCGCUGUCCACCACCAACUAAGAAGGAUGAAGUUACUAUAGAAUACAUAAUUGAAAGCCUACCAGACAGAGGCCGAUCUUGCUGGCAUCUUGGAGCUGUUUGGGCAUUGAGUCAGUUCCAAGAUAAUGAAUAUUUUCUAGGUUUUUACCCAGAUGAGCAUUUUACUGAGAAGUCAAUAAAGGAAGUUAUGGUGAAAUUCAGGAAGGAGCUUGAAGAGAUUGGUAGUUUCAUUCAAGAACGAAACAAGAACAAGAAGUUACCAUAUUAUUAUCUCUCUCCAGACAGGAUCCCAAAUAGUGUUGCUGUCUGAAUUUUGCAAUUUGUUAUUUUUUAUUAUUUACAGUUUUUCUUUUCAGCCUGGCACACGAAGAAAGGAUUGACUCUAUUCAUGCAUAAAAAGCUUACAAUCACUUAAUGAAACCAUGGUUUUGAUCUGUCAAUGUCCGUCAGAGAUAAAAUUAUUUAUAAUGUGAAAUGUAAGAGAGUUGAUUUAUACUGAUGUUUUUACAAAUGUGUGACUAUCAGUUGCUGCCAUAAUAAAGUUUUAAAGUUUAUAGUUAAA